AGUUCGUUGCAUGAAUUUAAUUUUUUUGAACGCUCAGAUUUCUUGUACCAAAGUAACUAGUUAUUCAGUUCGUUCAGUUGGCUAACCCUGUGAAUGUACAGUACAAAUGGAUUAUGAAACCCACAUUAUGGCACUAAAAAGUACGAGUGAAAAAGGAACAAACACAGAACCAAGUAGUUCUAACAAUGCAGAAGCAACUUCAAAUCAGCAAGAGCCGAAUUUAAACGGUCAAGCAGUCAAUUAUUUAAUGAUACAAAUGUUACCUUCAACUCUCCAGCAAGUAACAUCAAGUACUGAAGAAGUAAGUUCUAGUAAUGAAGAAAAUUUGGUAAAUGCACAAGAAUAUAUAGAAACACUGAGUUUAAAAGAACAGACGCUAACUGAAAGUAGCCUUGAAGUAAGUUCAAAUGGGCAAAAUAUAAACCAGAGUGACGAAAUUGUAAAUUUAAAUGAAUCUAUAGAAAAGACAAGUAAAAAACUUGGUACUGAAAACACAAUAAAAAGUCAGGAAGUUAGUGCAAGCAAUAAAGUGUUAGACUCUGAUCAUCAAGCAAUUGAUUCAAGCAUGAAAAGUACUAAAUUACACCAAAGAAAUAGAAUUGAAGAAGAUUUAAGCAAAACAAGUAUUAGUACUGAAGGCAAACCUAUAGACAAAGUACAUGAAGUAUUUAGCAGUAAAAGAUCUAGUAGUGAAGAAAUUAAUUCAUAUCAACAAUUAUUUCAUUCAAGCACAGAAGAAGUAUGUCCAAGCAAAAAGAGACUAGAAGCAAUCAUGAACGAAAUGAAUAUUUUAACAAAACCCAAAUCAGAAGAUAAAGUAAAUGAAAUAACAAAAGCAAGCGUAAGCAGUGGAACACUUAAUUCCUGUGGCAAAUUACUUGAUUUAAACGUGGAAGAACUUGAAGAAAGCCCAAGCAUAUUAAGUGCAGAAUCAGGAGAAAAAAUAAGCAACAAAAUCUUUAUUACUCAAAACAAAAUAGACGAUAAAGUAAAUGAAAGAGAAAGCAGGGAACUAAUUCACAAAGAAACACUGCAUUCAGUACAACAUGAAGUUGACUUAAAGAUGAAGGAACUUCAAAUAAGUGAAGAAUUCAGUUCACAUCAAAAAUUAUUUGAUACAAGUGCAGAAGAAUUUGAACCAAGUCCAAGCAAGAAGAAAGUAGAAGAAAACAUGAACAAAAUGAAUAUUUUUACAAAAAUCCAAUCAGAAGAUGAAGUAAACCAAAUUAUAGACAGAACAAGAAUAAACAAUGAAACAAUUAGUUCCUGUGGUAAAUUACUUGAUUUAAAUGUGAAAGAGUUUGAUGUGAGUCUAAGCAAAGAGAGUACAGAACCAGAGGAAAAGAUAACCAAUAAAGUCUUUAUCCCAAAAAGCAAAAUAGAAGAUAAAGAAAAUGAAAAUAUUGAAAGAACAAGAAUAAAUAGUACAAUAUCUAAUUCCGGUGGAAAAUUACUUAAUUUAAAUGUGGUAGAACUUGAAGUAAGUCCAAGCAGAGAAAGUGCAGAAUCUGAAGAAAAGAUAAGCAAUAAUGUCUUUGUACCACAAAGCAAAAUAGAAGAUAAAGUAAAUGAAAGAGAAAGCAGUGAACUAAUUCACAAUAAAACAUUGGAUUCAGUACAACGCAAAGUUAACUUAGACAUGAACGUACUUCAAGAAUGUGAAGAGUUCAGCUCAUACCAAAAUAUAUUUAAUUCAAGCUCAGAAGAAUCUCAAGUAAGCCUAAAUCUAAGCAGAGAGAGUACUGAAUCAGAGGAAAACACAAGCAAUACAACAUUCAUCACUCAAAAUAAAAGAGGCUAUCAUUUAAAUGAAAGAGAAAGCUGGGAACUAUUAAACAAUGAUAAAUUGUGGUAUUCAGCACAACAAGAAAUUUUCUUAAACUUGAAGAAAUUUAGAGAAGCAGAAGACUAUACUGCAUACCCAAAAUUGUAUUAUUUAAGUACAGGAGAAUUUCAAAUAAGUCCAAGCAAAAAGCUAGUAGAAGAAAAUAUAAACGAAAAAACCAAAUCAGGAGAUGAAGAAAACAAAAUUAUGUUCACUCAAAACACAUCAGAAGAUGAAGUAAAUGAAAGAGAAAGGAGUGAACUAAUAAGCAAUGAAGCAUUAGACCAUCAAAUAAUUUCAAGCAAGGAUAGUUCAGAAUCAACAGAAAAUGCAAGCAAAUCCGUCAUUAGCACUGAAAUCAACCUAGAGUAUAAAGUAAAUGAAAACAAUAGUGAAAAAAUAAUAACCAAUGAAAUAUUAAAUUCAGAUCAACAAGAAGUUGAUUCAAACAUGGAAGGAUUUGAAGUGAGGACAAACAAAAAGAGAACAGUGCCAGAAGAAAAGGAAUGUGCAAGUAUAAGCAAAGACAAACAAAGUAAUGAAAGACCAGUGUCCUUCCAGCAAUUGCUUAAGUCAUUCAGGGAAAAAUGUGGAGUAAAACAGAAUACAGGGAAUACAGAAUUAAAAGAAAAGAUUAAGAUUGCUAAAACAUGCAUUAGUACUGAAAACAUACAAAAAGAUAAAGUAAAUGAAAUAGUGAGCAGAAAUACGAGUAUAGCAAGCAGCACAAUAUUAAGUACAGAUAAAUUAAAAAUUGACUCAAACAUAGCAAACCUUCAAGUAAGUCCAAGCAAAGAGAGAGAAUCCAAAGAAAAGACAAAUAAAAUAUUUCUUAGUGCUGAAACCAUGCAAAAAUCAGUAAAUGAAAAAGGUAGUAGAAAAAUAAUAAUCAAUGAAGCAUUACAUUUAGAUAAAAAAGAACUCCAAGUAAGUCAAAACAAAAAGGAAGCAGAACCAGAAGACAGGUUAGAUGAAAAAGUAAGCAGAUUCCAAACAAGUAGUCCAGAAUCAAGUUCUGAUGAUAUGAAUGCUAUUUUAAUGCAUUCAGCGAGAGCUUCUAGCAGGACACAAGAAAGUAUGUGUGCCAAAUAUAAAAUAACACACUAUAACAUCCGUGGCUUGAGGGAAGGUUUAAGAUAUUUGCUAACUUACAUAGGAGAACCAUUUGAAGAUUUUCAUCCCUACGAUUAUAAUAAUUGGCCUGAGAUAGAUUUCCGUGAUGGGUUUGGACAUCUACUUGAGAUGAGAGUAGAUUAUAAACUGGCAAGUCAGCACAUUGCAUUCACCCGUUACAUUGGUAAACAGGCAAACAUUGCAGGAAAAGAUGCUUUUGAGAACUCGCAGAUCGAUACCAUUGCAGAAAUCCUCCUGGACUGUUACAAAGAAAUAAACGUAUUUCUAAGUAAUGUCCCAACAAAUAUUAGAAACAAGUGGAAAGAGGAAUUCAUGACACGGAUACUGAAUGUGCUACAAUCACUGGAAGACAAUGCAAAACAAUGCAAAGGGUUCUUAGCAACUGAACAGAUCUCCUGGGUUGAUUUUGCUUUUGCUGGUUUUUCUGAAUUUCUAACUGACAUCUGUGGUGGCCGAGAUCUUGUUGAAGAAUAUGAAACACUCAGCGAAAUCAGAUCCAAAAUCUACCAAUUGAACACGAUCGCUAGAUAUCGUCAAACAUGUCUCAAAACUGAGUACCUUGAAUAGGUGUUUGGUUCUAAAUAUUAGUUACUUUUAGAGUUUAUAUAUUUUUAGACAAAUAACUAUGUUAGUAGUAUAUCGGUAAAUUUUAAAGUUAAAUGUGUUAUAUCUAAUAUCAAGCAUGUUUUGUAAGAAAAUGACAGUAUGGUUCAAGUGUUACUACAAAGUAGAUGAUUUUAUAAAUAUUAACAAUAUCCUGUACAUCAGUUUUAUUUUUAUAAUUUAUUUUAGCAUGAGUAUGAUUUUAUAACAUUGUUCAGAGUUGGUGGAGGAUUGAAUAGUUAUUUUCAAAUUACGUUAUUGUGUAAUGAAUAAUCAAUGUAGCUUAUAUUAUGAUUACUGUAGCAAUAAAGUUUUUGCAUGAA